AUGUCAAUGUCUAAGCUAAACCGGGCAAUGGAAUCACUUGUUGAGGGAAUUAAUUCUUUGCCAACGAGUCGUAGUAUUGUCAAUACUGUAGAGUAUACUCCUCCUGCUGUUGGGACUAGUCGUCUGCCCCAUCCUGCGUCACUAAAAGAGUCUACAUAUGAAGGAAGCUCAUCUAGGUCCUAUGUACUUCCUACAGCUCGUGGGAUGAAGAAAACUCAUACUCCAAAGGACUCGAUUAGUUCAGAACGGUCACAUAUCAGUAUGCAGGGAGAUGUGAUGUAUGAUUCGUGUAGAGAUGACAAUGGAUCAAAUAUAGAAAAGGGGUGUUUUGAAGGCACUGGAGAUGAUAAUAAAGGAGAAGAUUGUAUACAGAAGCUUCUUUUGACAUUGGAAAACGAAGAUCGUAUUCAACAUCCAAUUGAUGAUACCAAGAAUUGCAAUUCCAAUGGCCUUGUGGAAUCAGUGGAGUUUGCUUCAAAUUCCAUGGAUAAAGGACCUGUAGAGCUUUGUCGGAGUCCUCAAAACAGUUUUUACUCAGCCACACAGUACAUGGAAGCCAAACAAAGCUUCACCAACACCGAAGUCAGUGAAUGUGCGAGCAGUGUCAAGAAGUCGGUUGAAAGUGGGGAAGUUGGCAACUUUUUUGAUGUUGAGAGUCGGAAGACUAGUAUCUAUCGAGGCAGCACGGGUAGUGACAUCAGCGAUGACCGCAGCUCGACCAGUUUGAAUAGUGCUACAUACAAACCGCACAAAGCAAACGAUAAGAGGUGGGAAGCAAUACAAGCAGUCAGAUCUUAUAAUAACGGUGCAUUGGGAUUGAAGCAUUUCAGAAUUUUCAAGAAAUUAGGAUGUGGGGAUAUAGGCAGUGUUCAUCUAGCCGAGUUGAUCGGCACUAGAAGUUAUUUUGCCAUGAAAGUGAUGAAUAAAGAAGCUCUAGCGAGUCGGAAGAAGCUUCUCAGAGCUCAGACGGAGAGAGAAAUUCUACAAUCUCUCGAUCAUCCUUUUCUUCCCACUUUGUAUACUCACUUUGAGACAGAAAUGUUGUCAUUUCUAGUGAUGGAGUUCUGUCCUGGGGGAGAUUUGCAUGCACUUCGACAGAGGCAACCCGGGAAGUAUUUCCCGGAGCAUGCCGCGAGGUUUUAUGUAGCAGAAGUUCUUCUUGCUUUAGAGUAUUUGCACAUGCUCGGAAUCAUUUACCGAGAUCUUAAACCCGAAAAUGUUUUGGUGAGGGGGGAUGGGCAUAUAAUGCUUUCAGAUUUUGACCUUUCCUUGAGGUGUGCCGUGAGCCCAACGCUGGUCAAAUCCUCGAACUCCAACUUGGAAUCGAAAAGCUCGGGAUACUGUGUUCAACCAUCUUGUGUCAUCCAACCGACUUGUAUCCAACCUACGUGUUUUGGACCUCGUUUCCUGAGCAAAUCCAAGAAAGAAAAGAAAUCCAAACCAAAGACGGAAAUAUAUAAUCAAGUGAGCCCUCUUCCAGAACUCAUUGCGGAGCCUACUAAUGCUCGAUCGAUGUCCUUUGUUGGUACACAUGAAUACUUGGCACCGGAAAUUAUCAAGGGAGAAGGCCACGGGAGUGCAGUAGAUUGGUGGACUUUGGGGAUCUUUCUCUACGAGCUUCUGUUCGGGAGAACACCUUUUAAGGGAUCCGAAAACCGGGCUACUUUGUUUAAUGUAGUCGGACAGCCCCUGAGAUUUCCCGAGUCACCUAUAGUUAGCUUUGCUGCACGGGACUUGAUCAGAGAUGUGCCAAAACCGUUUACGGUGCAGGGUGCACCAGCACCCACAGCCACAGCAGGGAAGUCGUCCGGCGUUGAUGUGAAGCCUUCAGGUAAUUAUUUGGAGAUCGAUUUCUUUUGA